AUGGGGCCACCUUAUUCUAAAAUAUUAAAUAAUAGAGUACAGGAGACCUGCUGCUCUGUGUUACCAGGCAACAAUGCUUUUACAGCUGCACAGGUGCCUUCAACCAUACAGGCUCAGACACCAGCGACAAUAUGGCGAAGCGGUGUGUUCACUCUAGUGUUUAGAACUCUACAUGCAAUGUUUACAGUAAAGAGACUGGAGUCCAGAGCGAGGCUUGCAACGCGCGAUGACGUCACGGUGCCCAGUUUGCCAAUCACACAUGGUGUAGGAGGUGACAGCUGCUGUGUGUUGACUGUAAGUAUAGUCUGCAGAGAGCCUGGAAUAUGACAUUGAAUGCAGCACUUAGCCAUCUUUGUGUUUUAUUAGCCAUUGUUUUCAGCAGUCAUGUUGCCAUAAGUCAGAAUGUGGAGACAUGUUGCUGUUUGUAGACUGAAUAAAAGUGUAGAAGUAAAAUGGAUAUAAACAAUCAUUACUAAGAGUAGCUGCCAUACAAUAACAGCUACUUUCUAUUUUGGCCAGCAGCUUUGUUGUUUGACAUUGCAUCCUAAAUUGCUUGGCUAAUUAAUGGCUUACUGAAUAGCUAAUGAAUUGUUAAUUAAAGUGUGAACUGUGGGGAAGUCUAAGUGAAUUGCAACUAAGCUUAAAAAACUAGUUUUGGAAACACCUGGUAAGUUUUUAGUUAGGUCUAAAAUUUGCAUAUCUGCUCAAUUCACUUUCAGUUCCUGAUUCAUUAAAAUUUUAGUGAAUAACUCGUUGCAGGUUUCCACAAGAAGUUGUUUAAGAAACAGUGCAUGGGUGUUGUAGAAUGAAUGUGUCCUAACUCCAAUAACAGGUCCUACUUACACUAGCAGAGUUUUUCACAAAACAAGCAUUUUACCUGUAAAGUGCAAAUCUGAUGUCAAAAUAGUUGAAUUGGAAACAUUUUUGUUUUCAGAGUAGCUACUUUGCCUUACAAUUUGAAAUCCCAUUGUCUGCAAUUCAAAGUGAAUUUCAAAUGUUAGGCUAUAAAAGUCAAACUCAAAUCACUUCAGAUAUUUUGCCCUUAAAUCUGAAAUUCACAUUGAAUUUAUGGCAGUUCACACAUUGAUGUAUAACUGUAAGGAAUUUAUGAUGGAGGUGACCAUUGCAGUUUAUUAUCCACAGAUAUGCAUUGCUCUUUUGGAUUACUAAAUUGAUCCCAAAUCCAAGGGCAGCAGGGUCAAAAAAUGAGGCAAAUUUCACUAGCAAGCCUUUUCUUCGUUGGGAGGUCUCAACAGGGUUGUCUUGCAGACCUUGCCCUCUUUAAGAUCUAGGGUGGUGUCUUCCUACAGUAUUACCCAAUAUAUUGUACUCCUAGCCUUCAGAUCCUCAGGCUGUAAGAAGGAAGAACACCUUACAAAGUUGGAUAUGGUCAGAUGUCUUCUUAUUGAGAAGAAUGGCUGCUUAGGCAGACAUAUCUCCACUCUUUGUCAUUUGUAUAGAUCAAAAAAAAAAAGAGGAUGAUGCCUUAUGUACUAAGAUAGGUAGAUGGAUCGUAUCAUCAAUCAUCACAUCCUGUCAGGCUAAGGGAAUACCAUUUAAUAUAAUACACGUGGGAUACAGCUGUUGAACCUAAAAUGUAAUAAAACAAAACAUAGCAUAAUACAAUUGAUAAAUAUAUAAUAAUCCCUGUUAAAGACUGCACUCUCCGUAUUUGAAGUUAAAUGCGCUCUAAUGGUGCCUCCCCUGAUGUUUGGGGGACUAGUAUCUCCCUCUCAGGAUCAGGUGUCACCCAAUAUCAGGAACCAUGCAGGACUCCUACAGGUGGAUAAGUAGAAAAGAGAUUUAUUGAUCGCAAUUUAAAAGUAGUGAUUAAAAAGCAAUUUUGGUCUUACGCGUUUCGUCCUCUAAUGGGACUUCCUCAGAGACCAAUAUUCAAUAAAAACAAUCACAAUAGUAAUGCUCCCAAAUUAGGGAAUACCAGAGCUCCUUCAAGACUAUGGCCCAUUCAACCAGGACCAUGUUCUUGUCUUGGUUAGCUGAAGCACAAAUCCCUCCAGACUAGAUAUUCUAUACAGUGUCCUGAACUUCUAUUCUACAUUCAUUCCAUAUUGCAAGCUAAAGAUUCAGGAAGAUGUUUAACUGCAAAAAUGUAUAUAUCUGUAGCAUACAUUUUGUGGAUGUGUAGGUUUCCCUCCCUCUUGCUUGGGUAUAACAGCCAUGAAUAUAUGUACAAAUAUUUCACUUUCCCUGUAAUAUGCCAUGACAGCUCUAUGUAUCCUCCCCCACCCAGACUUAUAUUUAUGGCUUGGAUCAGACAAUGGUGUAACGGAGGUACUGGACUCCUUUUAUUUAUUUUUGGAGGAUUGUUUCUGUCCAGUAGGAGUAGUAGGGGGGUGUGUAGUGCUGCAAUGGCAUAUUUCCAGGAAAGGAAAAUAUUAAAGGACCACUCUAGGCACCCAGACCACUUCAGCUUAAUGAAGUGGUCUGGGUGCCUGGUCCAGCUAGGGUUAACCCAUUUUUUUUAUAAACAUAGCAGUUUCAGAGAAACUGCUGUGUUUAUAAAUAGGUUAAUCCAGCCUCUAAAGCCUCUAGUGGCUGUCUCAUGGACAGCCGCUAGAGGCGCUUGCGUGCUUCUCACUGUGAAAAUCACAGUGAGAAGACGCCAGAGUCCAUAGGAAAGCAUUAUGAAUGCUUUCCUAUGAGACUGGCUGAAUGUGCGCGCAGCUCCUGCCGCGCAUGUGCAUUCAGCCGAAGAGGAGGAGGAGAGCUCCCCGCCCGGCGUUGGAGAAAGGUAAGAUUUUAACCCCUUUCUCUCCCCAGAGCCUGGCGGGAGGGGGACCCUAAUGGUGGGGGCACCCUCAGUGCACUAUAGUGCCAGGAAAACGAGUAUGUUUUCCUGGCACUAUAGUGGUCCUUUAAGUAGAAAUAAAUUUUUCUCUGUUUACUAUAGUGCAGUGUACAAAGCCGUUUAAUGAGGUGUACUGUUAGGGUGGUGCAUCUUAUUUAAAGGAACACUCUAACAAAAAUAUAAUUUAUUUUAACCUUGCAGUGUUUUCUUUUUUUUUGUUCUUUAGAUUAGUGGGCCCCACUUGUUAAAGGAACAAGCCAAGUACUAUAUCCACUACAGUACGCUGUAGUCAUUACGUUUCCAGGAUUUCCCUGGUGCUCCCGCCAUCCCCAUUGUAAGGAGUGAAACCAUUUUAAGACUGUUUAACUUCUUACAUGUGGUCAGCCAGGAGCCAAUCCCCCCUCCACUUUUUCAGCCAUGAAGCUCCUACUUUCAUUAGAUCUUAGGAGUGCAGGGCUAGUAAUUUAAUAAAACCCUUUUCAUACACACUGUAGUGUAUGAGAGGAAUGGUCACUUGGUUUACUGUGCAUUAUACAAAGUAUUAUUACGCUUCAUUGUACUUGCAGAUUCCUCCAGUCAUGGAACCUUGCUCUUGUGAUACCUUUGUUGCCUUACCACCUGCAACAGUUGGCAACAGGAUUAUUUUUGGGAAGAAUUCAGACAGACCCAGUGAUGAAGUACAAGAGAUUGUUUACUUCCCUGAGAAAACCUAUAAGAAAGGAGAAAAACUGGAGGUGAGAUUAACUAAAUCGAGAAUUCAAAGUAAAUUUCAAAUUUAAGGCCAGAGCAGCAGGCGUGGAGAUUUUUUUUCUAGUUUGGCUAUUCUGACCUUAAAUUUGACAUUGACCUUGAAUUCUCACUUUAGUAAAUAAUUCCCAGAUUUUACUAUUAACAUGACGUAAAGUCAUGAUUUUAUUAAAGACACGGAGGCGAGUAUUAUGCAUAACUCUUUCUUUAUUUCCUCAGCAGCAAAGAUAGAGGAAUAUAAAUAUUGUCAAAAUGAAAGAAAAACUGCAUAGAUACACAGGCAACCAAUCACAUAACAGAGGAAGUGACUAUAAAAGGCCUGUGUCUCCCACAAUCCCCCUCUUUCUUGCGGAAACCGAAGACCAGAUAAGAAGAACGAAAUCCAACUUGUCCAUAACAGGAAAAAGGCAACGAACCGAAAACUUCAAGCUAAAAAGAGAGAGAGAAAUAUGGUAAUACCCAGACUUCAAACUGUAAACUUACCAAAACAAACUGUUGGUUACUCAACGACAGAUAAUAUAGGGAUCAAAGCAAACAUUAGCAGUUCCAUGAUAAACCGGAAUCUGAAAAACAUAAAUAAAUAAUUAGUCGAUGUGAUAUAACAAGUGAGUCACAUACCCAUAGUGACAUAGAAAAACAUACCGACAUGAAAAAACGUACCUGAAGAGCUCAAAAGCAUCUCAACCCUAUACCCUCACGGGAGGGUGGGAGGGAAUAAUACUCGCCUCCGUGUCUUUAAUAAAAUCAUGACUUUACGUCAUGUUAAUAGUAAAAUCUGGGAAUUUUAUUAAAGACACGGAGGCUCAUAUUAUGCAAGUUUAAAGCUGUGCGAUCACCUGAGAUGCGAUAUGCUCAAUAGGUUUGAAAUAGAAUUCACGGAAGGUCGAUUCUCUAGACCAGUCCGCAGCACGCAUGAUGUCCUCUAGUCGACAGCCGACCGUGGAUGCCUUCGAAGCCAUAGCACCCCGAACCGAGUGAGGCGUAAAGACCGAAGUGUCAACGCCCGCCGAGGAUAAAAGCCAGCGCACCCAUCGUGCGAGAGUCGGAGUCGAAACAGGCCUAUGAGGUGUCCUAAAAGACACGAACAGAGGAUGCAAGUCCAAGGAACGAAAAGGUCGAGUAGCAUCCAGAUAAGUCUUCAGACAUUCAACCGGACACAAUGCUGGAGAGCCCGGGAACCUAGGAUACGUGAACGACUUGGAUGCCGACUUUGUCCUCCUGGAUAUGUUGAAAGUAACACCCUCCGGGGUGAAUACAAUGGCGUCCCAGUCAAGGGCCCUAACAUCAGACACCCUCUUACAUGAAACCAAACAGAGUAGCAUCACUAGUUUGGAGGAUAACUGCUUGAGACUCAGUUCGUGGUUAGGAUACCAAGAUGAGAGGAAUCGUAACAUGACGUUGACGUCCCAGAAGGCAGAGAAGCGAGGUCUAGGAGGGCGAGCGAGGCGGAUGCCUUUGAGAAGGCGGCACACAAAAGGAUGUCUGCCGACUGGUGAGCCAUCCAAACCACUAUGCCCGGCCGAAAUCGCCGAGCGGUAGAGGUUGACGGUGCGGUAUGCCUUGCCCGUCUCAAACAGUGUCGUGAGAAACUCUAGGAUCAGAUGGAGAGGGGCAGAUACGGGAUCCAUAGACCGUUCCAUGCACCAAUCAGACCACGAAUUCCAUGAAGCACGGUAGGCUGAUCUCGUACCGGGGGCCCAGGCGUUAUCGAGGAGCAGGAGAGUUGAUCGCGGAACAUUUGGGACAGCCCAAGUUCCCCUGAAAGGAGCCACGCCACAAGAGGCAACUGCCGUUGACGCAAAAGAUCGUGAGAGUUCCUAUCAGGAUCCAGAAGGAGGUCCUGGAAGCACGGGAUCAACCGGGGAUAGUCUAUUGACAACUCCAACAGACGAGGGAACCAUGGUCUGGAUCUCCACAGGGGGGUGAUCAAAACCAGGCGGCACUCGUGACGAGUCAUCUUCGAUAUCGUGCGGGCGAUCAUGUUGAACGGGGGAAAGGCAUAAAGGCAGCCCGGUGGCCAUUCCUGGAGAAAGGCGUCCGUCGCGACCGCUGCCGGGUCCGGCCUCCAGCUGUAAAAUUCCGGUAGUUGAGCGUUCAGACGGGACGCGAACAGAUCCAUCCUGAACCGCCCCCAUAGACUGUCCAGGCCUUGGAACACCGAAACGUGCAAACGCCAGUCUCCCGAGUCUCUCAAAUGUCUGGAAUUCCAAUCCGCGUCCGAAUUGUCCAGCCCCGGAAUGUGUUCCGCUGUCACGGACACAUUGUUGAAAAGGCAAAAUUGCCAAAAAUCUUUCGCUAGCAGAGCCAACAUCCUGGACUUGGUGCCUCCAAGGUGGUUGAUAUAACGUACGGCCGACACGUUGUCCAUCUUGAGAAGAACGCAGCAGUUCGCCCGUCCUGGGGUAAGGCUGCGAAUCGCGAAUGCCCCUGCCAGGAGCUCCAGGCAAUUGAUGUGCAGGGAUCUCUCCGUCUCGGACCAUCUGCCUCCUGUGGAAACGUUGCCACAACGAGCCCCCCAGCCGUGUAAGCUGGCAUCUGAAUCUAUUAUCACGUCCGGGAUGGAACCGAAGAUGGCCCUCCCAUUCCAGGCUUCCAUGUGGGCUAACCACCACACCAGUUCGUCUCUGGACUCCACGUCCAGCUGUACACGGGAUUCGUAGGAAUGACCUGCUCGGAGGUGAGAACCCUUGAGCCUUUGGAGGGCACGAUAAUGGAGUGGGCCCGGGAAUAUCGCCUGAAUGGAGGCCGCAAGGAGACCGAUAAUGCGUGCCAAUUGCCUGAUGGAUAGAUCUUGUACACGCAGAGCCCUUCGAAGCUCCUUUCGGAUGGCUCUGAUCUUUGAAUCCGGCAAGUAUAGGAAUUGGCGGAUGGAAUCCACCUGGAAACCUAGGAACUCCAUCGACUGUGAUGGGUCCAGGAUCGAUUUGUCCCAAUUGAUCAAGAACCCCAGGUUUUGCAGUAGAUCGAUCGUCCAUCCCAAAUGCGUGAGAAGCUGGUCUCUGGACUGGGACAUGAUUAAGAUGUCGUCCAGGUAAAUGAUUAAACGCACCCCACGGGUACGGAGGAACUCCAUCGGAGGCUUCAUGAUCUUGGUGAAGCACCAUGGCGCCGAGGAAAGGCCGAAAGGCAGACAGGUAAAGCGCCAGCGUCUCCCAUGCCAGGUGAAGUGCAGGUAAUCCCUGCACUCCAACGCUAUCGGGACCGUGAAAUACGCGUCCUUCAGAUCCAACUUGGCCAGCCAGUCUGACUGACGGAGGAGGUCCCUGAGGCAGUGUAUACCCUCCAUCUGAAAGUGUUGGUACCGGAGGAAUGCGUUGAGGGGACGGAGAUUUAUCACCGGGCGGACUCCGCCCCCUUUCUUGGGGACCAGGAAGAGAUUGCUCGUAAAGCCUUGGGCGGCGAACGGCAACUCUUCUAUAGCGCCUUUCGACAGCAUCUCCUCGACUUCUGCCGAGAUCAUCUCGUCUUGGUCUAGCGGGAGAGACAAUUCCCUGGGGACAUUGGACAGGGAGAGAAACAAACUCCAGGCGAUAGCCCUUCACACACUGUAGAACCCAAGCGUCUGAAGUAAUACUUGCCCACUCUUGGUGGAACAGAGCCAGCCUGCCCGCUACCCGAGCCCGAGUAAUAUGGGAAGAAGGGGUACUUACCAUAAGGGCGUCUUCCCGAAGCGGCACCGCGGGGGUAUCUGGAGCCCCAAGGUCUCCCUCUGGCUGGGAAGAAAGGGGGCGUCCUCGGAUCCUGGAAUCCCCGGGACGGAAAGAAGGAACCUCUUUGGGCACGUGAGGAGCCACGGAAACCACGGCCGGGUGGACGGUUCCUGCUACGCCCGGCCCCUCCGAAAACCUUGGGCGCGAACAUGCGCUUCAUAUUCGCCUGCGCCUUGUCAAUGGCCGUAAAGGUCUUAACAUACGACCCCAAGUCCUUAACAAAGGAAGCACCGAACAGCAUCCCCUCCUCGGAAGGAUCAGGCUCCGCCACAGUCAUGGCAGCCAGUUUUGGGUCAAGCUUGAGGAUAAUUGCCUUACGCCUCUCUGAGGACAUGGCAGUGUUCGCAUUCCCCAAAAGACAGAUAGCUCUCUGGACCCAUCCUAUGGCAACAUCAACAUCCAGCAUGGAAGUGCCUGCCCGAGCGCCGUCCAGGAGCUCGUAUAAUUUAGAUAAAGGACCCAGGGUGUCCAAGAGCUUGUCCUGGCACCCCUUGAGUGAAUAGUCUAAGCCCUUCUUGGGCUUCCAGCCCGAUUUGUUCAUGAAUUGAGCAAUCUGAGGGUCGAUGUCAGGGGUUUUGCAGGCUGCACCGGGCAGAGAGGGUCUGGGGCAUUCCGCCCGCAACUUAUUGCGACCUUCUUUGGAAAGGGGGGUGUGCAUGCGCCGUGCCACAUAUUGAGCAAUAUGGUCCGGGGGAACCCACUCUGCGGACCUAGGGUGACGAAGAUCGUCGGGGUCAAAUAAGGGGUUGCCCUGAGGGUCAACCAGUGCCUUGGUAUCCCCAGUGGGGUUUAUCAACUGACUACGGGCAGGGACGGGUGCCCCAGAAGGGGUCACACCCGCAAGCGGUAAGUCCUCACCCGACUCACCCUCAUCAAAGGAGUCAUACUCCAGAACGUCUGAUUCAUCCUCCACACUCCGGUCGGAAUCCGACCCAUCAUCCAGGGCUUUAGCCCGUUUCCACAACCUAGCCUUUUUAGCCCGGCCAGGGGCUCUUUUGCGCGUGGGAGGCGCGCUGUCUGUGACCGCCUCUAGCGUGUCAAUCAUGGCAGGUAGAACCUGCAUCGAGGAGUGGGAGUCGACGUGUUUAGAUUUCUCCUUAGCCUUACGGGCCCCCGGCACAGUCGGGGUAGGAGAGGGUAGUCCCAUGCCCAGGAGGGCGGGAGUCGCCAUGGAAGGCAGCAGGAGAGAAUGCAGGGAUUGGGAAAAGGAGGAUGAUACAGCCCCCAUGGCUGAAGCAAAAGCCUUCUGCAGGGAAGAGGCCAUAGUGGCAUCCAGCAGGGCUUGGAAUUCCUGGGAAGCAGUAGCCCCCACAGGAUUAUCUGUAUUGAAAUCAGUGGGGAGGCCCUCAGGCCCAUCCUCCCUCUCCUGCAUAGUUAAAGUAAUUUACCAGGGGACACCCAACACAAACAGUUUACAAGUUAAAACAGUGUCAAAAAACAGGAUUGAAAGGGUUGAUUAACCCUGCAGAGUGAAAAUAGGAAGAAAAACCUGAGCACUGGUGCACCCCAGGGACCCAGGAGUAAGGCAGAGCGCACGGCAGCAGAAUGGAACGACCGGGGGUAAGGACCGCCCUCAAGAUGGCCGCCGCACGUGCAGGGAGCGCUCGUGGCCUGCAACCCGGCGGGGGAAGGGGCGCGCGCCCCUCCCCGCGCGGGCAGCCCGCGAGCGAGCCGGGAAACACGCUGACAGCCGCGGCAGUAGCAGAGAGAGCCGCGGCUGAAAGCCGACCUGGGAAUAGAAGGCACCCGCCGGCCGGCAGAGCGGUCGCGGCGGGCGGAGUGAGGGAGGGGUGGGUGGGAGCACCAGCGCAGGGGACAGAGUAGGAGCUGCAAGAGGCAGCUCAGCAGAUAGAAAACACAGAGGAAUGAAUGUGAACAAUCACAGUGCAAUCUCAAACAACCAUAAGAAAAGCACCAUAAUAGUACAGCAUAACAACCAUGUAAAUAUAAAACACAGCAAAUAAAUACAAUGGACCAAGCAAAGUACUUAGCUGUCUGAGGAAGCAGCAAAGAAAGAGGGGAUUGUGGGAGACACAGGCCUUUUAUAGUCACUUCCUCUGUUAUGUGAUUGGUUGCCUGUGUAUCUAUGCAGUUUUUUCUUUCAUUUUGACAAUAUUUAUAUUCCUCUAUCUUUGCUGCUGAGGAAAUAAAGAAAGAGUUAUGCAUAAUAUGAGCCUCCGUGUCUUUAAUAAAAUCAUGUUAAUAUUAAUUUUGCACUUUAUCUAUGUUUGGACAGUAAAUAUCAAUUUGAUAUCACGGUCAAUAUCACAAGUAUGAUUAGAUGUGUACAUUUUUGAAUUCUGUCUUGCAAGGAAUUCAUUCAAAUGCAGAUUUGAAAUACCCUGGAUGUUAGCAAAAGGUGAAAUGUUAAGUUAAUGUUAGCUUAAGGCUUGCUCAUCUAGGAAACCUAUUUUUUUAAAUUAUUUUUUUAUGGUUAAGAAUGAUUUGCCAGCUAAAUUUUUUAAAACUGUGGUUUAAUCACUAAACUGAGAAUUAAGAAGGAUUGUUUAGGAAAUAUAGAAUUGUAGACCAAGAUAUCUGAGCUGAAAAACAAUAGAUGAAAAAUGUAUUCAAUUUUGCUAGUUUUUGACAAAAUAUAGUAUCCCUGGUCUGUUUUCCCCACAAUUCCUGGUUUAGUAAAAAACCCACAGAACCCUCAAUAGUAAUGAUUUGAAAAAACAAUUUGCAAACGUCAAGCUAAAAAGCCAAACUAUGACUCCAGUUGAGUUGGGGAUUUUCUUGCCUAAAUGUUGCAAGUUGGUUUUCAUUUGCUACAAUUUUUUGUUUAGUGAAUAAAGCACGUUACCUUUAUCACAGCCUCAAAGUAGAUGCAACACUUUUUUAAGUAACUUGCUCUGUUAAAGGAUCGCACUAGGCACUAUCACAGCUUUGCAGAGGUGCUGGGAUGCUUAUUACCAGAGCCUCAUCUACCGUGCAGACAUUACAUAAAUACAUAUAUACUGGCAGCACAGCAUGGACUAUUUCAAUACAUUUAAAUUGAGUGCAUUAACACUCUAAAAAAAAAAUCCCCUCGUAAGUGCUAAGACUACAGUUUUUUGGGUACCUAACGUACUAGUGUUGGGUCUACCCUACUUGAGUGCAGAAACAAAACACAGUUUGUAAUUGUGUAGAUAGAAACAGAGUAUGUUUUAUUAUUAUUAUUAUUAUUAAUAGAAAUUCCUUUACUUUUACAUCUUUGUAUCACACACCAAAGCUUGUUUUAAUUUUCUUUUUAUUACCAGUGCACCUACAUUGAAAUUGAGCAAGCAGAGAAGACCUAUGCUGUGAUAUUAAGUCGUCCAUCUUGGUUAUGGGGAGCGGAGAUGGGAGCUAAUGAAUUUGGUGUUUGUAUCGGAAAUGAAGCUGUUUGGGGGAAAGAAGAAAUUGAUGACACUGAAGCACUUUUGGGCAUGGAUCUCGUGAGGUUGUGAACAUAGUAAAUAAUAGCUACUUGUGAAAUUAAUCAAAUAUAAUAAAUCACCAAAUCAUAAUGAAUUAUCUAAAUAUUGUAAAAUAUUUCUAAACUUUUAAUUUUUGUUUUUACUAUAACUAGGCUUGGUCUUGAAAGGGCGAAUUCUGCAGAGGCUGCCCUAGAGGUUAUUAUUAGCUUGUUGGAAAAAUAUGGUCAAGGAGGGAACUGCAUGGAAGGAAGCAUGUCCUUCACCUAUCACAACAGCUUUCUAAUAGCUGAUCGAAAAGAAGCCUGGAUCCUGGAGACUGCUGGACAGUAUUGGGCUGCUGAAAAAGUUGAAGGUAGUUUUUCACAAGAUUGUACUUUAUAAGUAAAAACCGACUUAAAAUAAUACGUAUUUAGUAUUAGUUUUAAAUCUAUGCAUUUAUUGAUUUCAAUAAAUGGAUUAACAUCAAGAAACACAUGUGCUUAAAAAUUGUCUUACAGUAUAUUUAGCAGAGAAAGCAAAAAUGCUGUAUUUUAUCAGCUGAAGUAUAUCCUUCAUCAUUUGUGCUCUGAUGGCUCAUAAACAUGCUAGAAAUUAAAAUACUAACAUCUCUGGACAGAUUAUUUUGAGAACAGAGCAAAUAUGAAUAUUUGUAAGGAUUCUCGUUUUACUUUAGAAUGUGACUCAAGUCUUAUAACCAGCUAGUUACAGUAAACGCAUGUCCUUUAGGAAACGAAAACCUGGUGAGUUCAGUGUAAACACACAAAAAGCCUUACUAGGCUGCAGAACUUGGGAAACCGAAUAACACCUCAAGUCUUUUGAGUUUCCUUGGAUUUGAGAUGCUGAAUCAGGUCACCAUGGAAAAUACUAGGGUAGUGAUCUUGGGGUGAACCGGGAAUAUCAUAGCUGCUUGAUGUCAUAGGAGGAAGCUUUACUUCCUCUUUUUGCAAGUCCACAUGUUUGUAUGGCGUGCACACACUGCAUACAAGUCCUUUGACAGGUUCCUUCACAGCUUAUUGAGUUGCAGUGGCAUGAAUGCGCACUAGCCUCUGAUAGAUCAUUUUGCAAAACUGUGAAAUCAAAUUGCCACUUUUAUUUGACUUUCAUGAUGAAUUGAACUGCUGUUAAAUGCUGCCUAGGGGGUUUAGAGGAUAUGCUCAGACCCCAUUAAACAAUUAUUGGCUGAGCCUCUUGGUCUAAUUAGAGCUCAUUGCAGAAUGUUCAGAGCCUAGGGAUUUGCAGGAAAUGCAUGAAUUUCAAAGACGAGUAUCUUGCCGUUUAUUUGUAAGUGUUUUUUUUAUGCUUUAUUUCUGUUGGUUGCUUUCAACCAAUUUAGUGUGCAUUCAAGCUGAUUGACUUCUGGGCUGUGAUAGUCUGACGUUCGUAAUACAUAUCUGUAUUCCUAACGCUACAGCCCUGUUGCCCCUUGUGGCAAACAGAAGCUCGCCACGGCUUCUGGAGGAGACUGAUUGCCAGCCUCCUACUGAAAGACUAUGGGCCUUUUAAAAACUUAUGUGAACAGACUUGGUUCGUGGGAUUUUAUAUUUGGUUCGGGAACUGAACAGGUGCACAAACCAUGGACCACCCGGGAGCUUGUUAAACCCAUAACACUUGGUAACGAUUCUUACCACAGUACUAUAAUUGUUCGUCUGGCUGGCCGCCAUUCAUAUGGUUGAACACGUGGCGGCAACCAUCUUGUUCCUGCGAACGCAGGCAGCAGUGUUUGGUCGUCGAGUUCCUGGAACUGUUUUUGGACACUGAAACUCCUGAACACAGCUGGACUUCCAUCAUCACCUGUGCUUGGUUUUGUACAUCAUGGAAGGGCACUGUUUGGUGGAAUCGUUUGUCUGGAUGAGGGGAACAAGCUCCAGGGUAAGACUAUUGACUAUUGACUAAAACUAUCAAACUAGAUCGACCACAAGCCCUGAUUAUCUGGAACUUGUGUGCGAUCGGUCAAAUUAUGACUUCUAUGGAAAUCCUGAACCCCUGAACCGAUCUAGGUGAUAUUUGGAUAUGUUGGUCCCCCAGAUCAGGGUUAUCAGGGGAUGUGACUUUUGUGGGGUUUGCAUGUGUUUUGGAGUUACUUUUGGGAUGUUGUUAAAAUGUAUGUUUUCUGUACCUGGAGAUCAUUAAGUUUAGUACAGUUCCUGACUAAAUUAUCUCUCAAGCACAGGGGAGGGAUUAUCCUGUUUUGUGUGGGAGUGUCCUGGGCAUGUUUGCUGUAACUAGUCUCCUCUCAGGUCCAGUGGGGAACGCUCUCACCAUAGAACCUCAUCUCAUGCUUGGAGGGAACAGCUAUAUUCACUCUGGGGAUUGCUAUACUCCUUAUACUCUCUUGGAUUAUAAUCACUUGUUCUUUUAAGAGUAUACUGCUUUUACUCUCUGGAUUAGGAGAGGUCUACCCACUGGAAGCUGGAUCCUGGUCUUGGGUCCAGGGUGGGUGGAGGACAGCGAGACCCCAUCCAAGCUGUAACGCUGGCUACAGGGACUACAGUGAUUAUGGUGUCAGGCGGAGUGCUUGGACGUAUUCAGAGUUACUAGGAAGAAGCGAAUGGCGGAGGAACCCAGUUAGGUUGCCAGGAGGUCCGUCACCACCCUUAUCAAUUAGGUCCUCCCCCAUCCACUGUGGAAAAAAAACCAACUAAUUACCCACCUUUUCUCAAGUGCCUUCGCAUCCUCCUUGGUAGGCAUGCCUUCAGGAUGAAAGGCCAAUCCAAUGAGAAGUGCUUAUGAUUCUUCCAUAGAGAAUCAAUGGUUCUCUAUGGUCGACAGUGACGGCACUGCGCAUGCUUACCAGACGUCACGGUUUGAGAACUGUUAAGUAAGAUUCACGGCUCAUUAUACCCAGAGAGCUUAGAGGCGCGGCUUGAAGCUGCACUUUUAAGCCUUCUAAUUCGCUUAAUAUUGGGUUUUGGGGAGUAGGACUGUAGGAAUUAUAAUAACUUCGAUAAGAUAAGGUUGUUAAAGUGCCUACAGUGUCACUUUAAGUUUGUGUUUCUUUAAUAAGUGUCAGCAUUAGAAUUCUGAUUUCCAUUUGGCAAACAAUAAGAAAUAGUAAGUCCAUUUAACUAAAAGUUUGAAUACCUGAUAAAGUAAAAAAAAUAAAUAGGUGUGCUUUGGAUAAUUUUACACCAUUAAAGUGUACCUUGUGCCAAGAAAGGUUGCAAAUCUCUGAUCUAUAUAGUCCAUCCUGGAGUGUUCCUUUAAAAACAUUUACUUUAAAAUGCACUUCAAUGGAUGGUUUAACAAUAAAAGGAAAUGCUUGUUACUUGAGUAUUUAUAUCUCAUGAAUCUUGAUAUAUACAACAUAUGCCAUUAUAAUUUUGAUAACUUUUUCAUAAAUUGUUUGUUUUUUUCCUAACAGAAGGACUAAGGAAUAUUUCGAACAAUCUAUCCAUAACUACAAAGAUUGAUCGUGAACACCCAGAAACGAGGGAUUAUGCAAAAUUGAAAGGCUGGUGGGAUGGAAAGAAGGAGUUUAACUUUGCAGCCACUUACUCAUACUUCAACCCAUCUAGAUCCUCUUCCUCUGGAGACAGAUUCUGUGAAGGUUACAAGUUGCUUAGGAAACAUAAAGGUGGGCUAAACACAUUUGUUUUCCUUUACUUUUAAAGCCUAGGGGGAGCUCAGUUCGCACAUUCACCUGCAAAUACAGAAAUGUGAAAUUGCUUUGAAUGUAGUUGUGAUCCAAUUGACUUGAAUGUAGACUUGGAUUGUGAGCACAACUCAAAUUACAAGACCUUCACAAUUUACUGGUAUCACAGGAAAAAUACAUUUAGAAGACCUUCCGUUCCGUUAGUGUCAUGUCUGUUCCUUUUCAGAAGUGAUCAAACUUCUUAUGAGUUAAUCUAAAAUAUAUUUAUAUUAUAUUAAAUAAGAGUUUCAGCAUUCACCUGAAUAUGAAUACAUCAUUUGAUUUUUCUAUUUUGUUCGUUUGCUGCUCUAUAUGGUACUUUUUUUUUAUACCUACGGGCAAGCUGGCAACUUUUACGUGGGGUUCAAGUGCAAGCAAAUGGCUGUUUUUGCUCACAGAACUCACACAUGCAUGUGUAUAUUUGACAGAUGGGGGCUGCUGGAGUUGGGAAGUGUGUCAGUAUGGUCUGUGCAGUGUUAGUGAGCAUUCAUAGAGGGCUGUGCAUGCCUCACAGUUACAGACAUUAUUUCUGCAACUGCAUUACCACCAAUGCCAAAUGGCUUGUGUUGUUCUUUUCAAGAACACUGUCUAUAUCACCGUGCAGUCACUUGAUGUCCUAUAGGGACAUCAUUCAGUCUCAUCAUAGUCUGGUCAUGCUCAGAUACUAGUCCAGGUCUGGAGAAUAUAUAGGUUGCAGGCCAUUCCUAGGACAAUUCCUACCUGCUGCUUCACAUCUUCAGUACGCUAUCCAGAUAUCCCAAUGCAUCUCCUGUUAUUUUAAUCCACUUUGGCGGUAAUUGCUUGCCUGUCCCCUUGUAAUUUGAGUGUGAAUGCAUUUUUGCAAUAGUACUUGAUGUGUUAUUUGACUGGCCAUUUGAAUAUUGUUACAUUAUGCUGUUCCUUAUCCACCAUUGUCUUAACACACCGUAAACGUUACUUUUUUACUUUUUAAAAAAAAAGGAAAUAUGACCCCCUCAACCAUGAUGGAAAUCCUUUCUGAUAAGAAAAGUGGAAUUAAUAUGGAGGGAGGGUUUAUGACAACAGGAAGCAUGGUCUCUAUUCUACCCCAAGAUCUAAACCAGCCAUGUGUCCACUUCUUUACUGGCACACCAGAUCCUGCAAGGUAAAUAAGCUUCACAAAUCUGUCUUCAUUGUGACUUUGAAAUCCAUUUUAAAACAUCAACAUUUUCCGAAGUUCAUUCACUAAAUGAGAUGAUGGUCAACUUUCUAAAUUUUGGCCAAGAUAGUUAGAAUUGAUUUCCUCAAUUGCCUAUUUUUUACCUGGAUUUUACAAAUGUUUAUACAUUUUACACAUGUGGCCCUGCAAGUAGGUAAUAACCCUGUCCACCUGCCUGUUGGUUAUCAUCACACAAUGUCAAACAAAUCCCUCAAACUCUUCAUCUUGAGUCCAUUGAAAUGGUCCUAAUGUAAAACAAAAACUUAUGAAGAUAUUGAGAAAGAAUUUUCAAUAUUAAGUGUUAUUCACAAAAACCUGGGACUUGUAGACUAUUGACAUAGGAAUUUGCCAUUAUAGCCUAAAAUAGCCAAACUGGGUCAAAAUGAAAAGUUUCUCCCAGAAUACUGCCCCUCACUCGUACAAUUGUGUUAUUUACUUUUCCUUUAAGCUGUUUAUUUAAAGACUUUUGAUUAUUGUACAUUUUUGUUCCUAGAUCUGUUUUCAAGCCAUUCAUCUUUGUGCCACAGAUCCAGCCUUUUAUAAAGACCGUGUCACCUUGCUUUGGUUCAAAUGACCCUGUCAAGGAAAAGCCACGAUUUCAAACGAAACCAGACAGAAGACACGAUCUGUACAAAAAACAUGAGACUGCCUGGACGACCUUAGAACCGUCGCAAGUAAGAUAUUUAUUUCAUUACUUCUGUAAUUGUAACUGGGUUUUAUGUUUUUGGAGAGUCAGAAAUAGAUAUUUGCCCUUUAUAGGAAUAGUGAUGUCCCAUGCCCCCACACAGCUAGGGUUAAUAUUAAAGGGUUACUCCAAUCACCAUAACCAUUUCCGUGAUUUGAAGUGGUCAUGGUGGUAGGACUCAGUUUGUGCAGUGUUUCGGUUUGAAAUACUGCAUGUACUAAGAUAUUUGUAAUUGUGUGCUGGGGGCUAGUUGCACCCUCAGCAAAUGUGACAUUGGCAGGCCAGAACUUUGGUCUGGGUUCCCUAAUGUAAAUUCUGAGCAUAAAAGCAUCUGUUGUCUGUUGGACCGUGGUGCCCCAGUGACAUCAGGAUGGUGCGUGGAAGAGCAGUGCCAGAAGCUUCGUAUAGUUCUGGAUUUCAGGUAAGUAAAUGUUUUACUAAGAAUUGAAAGGCAUCUACUCCACAGUGCCUAAUAAGGCACAGUACAAUAGAAUGGUCCCUCCUCUAUAAAAGGGUUAUGGCAACCCUUUUAAAUAGUAUUACAUUUUAUUAAUACCUGCGGCAGGCAACCAUUUAAUCACACUGGGCCUAGACUUAGCAGCAGAAGUGUUACUAGAAAUCACAGAGCCCUAGUGCAAGUAUCAAAGAAAAUACCCCCCUCCUUGCUCCCUAUAAGCAAUAUGCCUGAGUGGCAUGUGUGUGUUGGGUGAGAGUGAUUGUGUGAGUGUUGGCUGAGUAUGAUUCUCUGUGGGGCUUGGGUGGGUGUGAUUGUCAUAUGUAUGUGUGUGAUUGGCUGAAUGCGAUUUGUAUAUGGGGUUUGGCUGUGUGUGAAUGUGGUGUGAUUGGUCCUGCUUGGGAUCACUUGCCUAAACAUAGCAGUAACUUGUGCUGACUUGCUGGUUUCACUGACCGCACACUAGCGUCAGUGCAUCUUAUCCUCUCCCACCUGCUGGGAGAGUAACAGCGACAGAGAGCGAGAGGACCACCUCUCACUCAAUAUACGGCAUUAGACCAUUUGUGCCACUAACUCAUUGGUCUAGUGUGGAGUGUUGAGAAUUUAAUUUAUACGCAGAGUAGGAACCUUAUUGUUCAAGAGCUUUAAGUGAAAAUCUUUACAUUUGCUAGGAUUUCUGCUGGCACAAAAACCAGAUGGAAUUUAAUGUUCUUUUAUAUACACUUAACUAUAAUACACAUUUAUUAGUAAUGUAUGCACAUACAUAUAUGCAUAUUACUACAAAUCAAAUGAAUUGAGUGAAAUAAUUGUUUUAAUUAAAUAUUUUCAUCCUUUUAAGCACACACUUUCAAUGACCCAUACAAGCACUUACUGGCACACACUGUUUAACCAACACACACUCUUACGGACACACACACACACACUGGCAUGUAGUUUUAUUUAUAGUGUUUCAUUUAGCUAUUAGCUCAUUCUAAUCCACCCAGCCUUACCUACUUUUGGAAGAGUUGGAGUAGAUCUUCUCUCUGGGGUUAAGUGUGUAGCUGCUCUGAUGUUCUUUCACUUUCAGCAUGGCUCCCUCGUGCGUAGUUUAAGGAUGCCAGAUUCUGUCAUCACCACAGUGUGCGUUAGGGAGCUGUACUGGAAGAGCAUGAAGAUCAGUGCUCCCUCGCUGCCCUGGCGGUCUCCCUCUGGACAGUAUUUCGACAGAGUAGGAGUCUGCCGUCCACACACAACCCAAUACACAGACAGGCAAACAAACAGUUACACACAAUGCUAUACACACACACAAUAAGGGUAUUUUGACCACUGUCCUUUUUGCUUACCAAUUGCAGGAAGGUGGCUUUACUGGCAACAAGGCUAGCCAGGCCCAGUCCUGCUGCCUCUUGUCCAAACUUCUUAUAAAGUUUGAUAUUUAUCUGGGUGACUGUGUUAGGAGACUCAGGGCAGUAUAGCCACUACCACGAGCUGUCUUGACUGAACAGUGCAUACCAGUAGGAAAUCUGGAUAAGCCCUCCAGAAUUACAAAAAAACAUUUUACAUAUGAAAUACAUUACGUUUACUGUCACUGCUAGCUUGAAUUGCUCAUGGCCAAUAUCAACACUGACCGUGGCAUCUAAAUUAUGACUUACUAAUUGAUUGAUUUAUUUUUUUAUCCCUGCGUUCACAGAGAAAAGAGAUACUGGAGAAAACAAAGAUUUUGGAAAAACAGAAGCUCAACGAGAUCGAACUAAUUUUAAACAAUCCAAGUUCUGACAAAUCUUCUCUGGUUUUACUGUUUCCCAAGUGUGUGAAUGAAGAACUGUCAAUUUAUGAAUUACAUUGUACCAAUUUGUAGGUAUUGUAUCCUACCUUAUUAUAAACUGUGAUAUUCACAAGACAAUAGACUAAUUUAAUCCAUGUUAAGGCAUCUUGAAGAUGUCAGAAUAGUUAGCAAUGGAUUGAUAUUGCAUUUAGCUUAAAUGUACCUUUUAAAGUAGAGAGGCUUUCUCUUGCUUUCUAUAGAAGAAAUAAUGUUUUUGUGUAAUUGCAUUUAAUUGUAUCUAUUGCACAAUAUACACACCCAAAGAACAACAUGAAUGGAUUUGUAAAGAGUGUAAGGCUUUUAUCACACCUACCUUCAUAACCAGAUGAAAAGAACACCAACGAGCACUAAUUGUGUGGAUUAAAUGCUCCAACAUGAAUGAAAUAUCAAUGGCCAGGUAUCACAUGUAGAUGUGAGGACAUUAGAGAUAGCCAAUUGUGGAAGAUAUAGAAGAUUAAUCCCUACGCUGUUGAGAAUAAUACAUUUGGCAUUGGAGAGUUAUCUGCAGUUAAAUUGUGAGGGAUUCUCCCUUAUACUAGUGUACGCUUCAAUUGUGCAGAAUGGUUUUGGUUGUGGUUUCCCUGAAACAGAUGGAAUGAUUACAGCUUAAAUAAAUUCACCAUGACUCCA